UUCAAUGUUUGUGACAACAAGCUGCUUAAUACCCCAAAUAGACGGUUAUCCAACUUCAAAAACAUCUUGCUCAGUAGGCCAUAGAUUGGAUAUUCCUCUUUAUGAGAAGCCAAUUUGUGAGAGACAAAUCUUAAUACCUUAUCCAGAUUGUCAAAUUCAAAGCAAUAUGGUUCUAUCUUCAGCUCCGGAGCAUGCUGCUGCUAAUAUAUUAAGUGAAACCCUUGCUUGGUCUGCACCAAUCAGAACAGGACCGAAAUGGGAGAUAUAUGUACAGAUAGAUUUUAGAACAAUUAUGAGGAUAACAAGGAUUUUCCUUGGGUUUCCUCAAACUUCUCGAGGACCUUCAAAGAUAAGAAUUGAUACUUCUAAAAACACAAAUACAUUCAUGAAAGGCGAAACUGCAAUCAUCCGCUAUGACAAGAAGUUGUUGAUUAAAGAGAGCAUUGUUGCUCGAAGUAUUCGACUUGUUGUGGUAGAAACUAAUGAUGCUACUCCAACACUUAAAGCAAUAUCUAUCAACAGUGUUAAAUUCUACGGAUGUCCAUUAUAUUCACCAUACAACAUUUCUGAGAAUUUGGAAGCAAGAAUGUCUUUAAAGGGUCCAGAAAGAAAAAAAGGGGUUGAAUGGUGUGCAUCAUCACAAGAAAUUACAUCAGAUGAUCCUAGACAAUAUAGACAAUUUGCUGUGGACACCUUACACGAGAAUAUCAUCUACCUCUGUGACGUAGGAGAGUAUAAAGAUGCACAACCUUGCUGGCUUUCCAUUAUACAAGGACGUUGGAAGGCUUUGCCUCUCUAUAUACACAGUAUUCUUGGAUUCAGCUUGGAAAAGGGAAGAAUGUAUUUGUUAGACAAGGAUGCUCAGGUUUACUUUUCCUCUGUUGACGGAAUACGACUGGAGAUCUCUAGGUUUGAUAAUCUCACGAUGCUCCUGCCAGGUUGGAUUCCAGCUGUAUCUGUGCCUGGAUUAUCUAUAAAUCAACUCAAUUUUGCAUGGCCUGAUUCCACUAUCACAGCUAACUUUUAUGGGUUGCAGCAAAAUGGAAACAAUAUACUCAACUGGCAAUCAUGUUGCAUCAACCCUAAUUGAAUAAACAUGAUGUAGAUAAUAACAGAAUGUGUAACGUGACGAUUUUUCAAAUAUUUUGAAUAAAGAUAUUUAUCUCUUUAA